AUGAUCUGUUCGACAGAUUCAAGAAAAUAUACGAGAUUUGGUAACAAGUUUUUAGUUAAUCAAGAAGAUCAUUUUUAUUACGUGACUACGGGAAAUUAUGAAUCAUUUGUGAAAGAAAUUAGGAAACAAAAAUCUUUACUCAACGAAAGAGAUGAUCAUGGAAGAACAUUACUUUACAUAGCAGCAAGAAAUGGUUUUCAUAAUAUAUGUCAUUUCUUAUUAAGAGCCGGGUGUAAAAUUAACGAAACUCAAAAUGAUGGAAGCACUGCUCUUCAUGCAGCAGCGUUUUAUGAACAUCAAUCAAUAGUCGAACUCUUGCUUGAAUAUGAAGCAAAUCCAAGAAUAAGAAACAAGUUUGGAAAUAAUCCUCAAGAUGAAACUCGCAGUCAACAUAUUAAAAAUUGCAUUCUGUCGAAAACUGAUGAUAAGAUUAAUUCAUUAUUAAAUAAGUUGAAAAGUGAUGGAUUCGCCAAAAAUUUGGUUGUCAUAAAACGUUUUGAUAAAAUUAUUGCUAAAAAGAUUUUGAGAAAUUUGGACUACUGUUUGGAAUAUUCGACAUCAAAUUUAAAUAAAUGUUGGACAUUAGCCUGGCAUGGUACUUACUAUAAACAUUUAGAGUCAAUUGUGAAGCAUGGAUUACAUCCGGCUGGUACCGUUUUAUCACCUGGACAUCAAAUUUCUCCACAGAACGGUCAUAUUCGUUUGAAUAUGAAAAUAGGAUCAUUUACAAAUUGGGCCAAUGCAAUAUUCAUUUCACCAAGCAUAUUUUAUGCAGCAGAUAUCGCAUAUUCAGAAAGAAUAUUUUCUGAUAAUCAACGAUGGUGCGUUUUAGUCGAAACACGAGUAAAACCAGGUUCAUUUACUAAACACAAACAGACUCUGUUGAAUCAAAGAGAAUUAUUACCAGGUGAACCAAAAGAUUUAGAAUAUAGAGUAGCUGUAAAAUCCGAUGAAGACUUUAUUCUACGAGUGGAGUCGAGUAGAAAUGUUAUAGUCACUGCGGUGGUUUUUGUGAAUUUAACGUUUCUUGAAAAUAUCGAUGAAUAUUAUCAAGGAGAAGAUUUAUUCGCUAAUUCAGAAUCUGAAAGAGCUCUUUUUCAAUAA